AUGGUAGCGACCCCGUUCGAGGGGUUGACGCCUCAAAGCCCCGAGCCAAUCCGUUGUAUACGGGAUAUUGUUGGAGACGAAUCUGUCGAUAUCGAUAUUCUGCGAUUUGCAGGCCGUCCGCUGCCGGAUUCAUACAGCAAUGAGCGCCAGCCUGUCGGUGCUAUGCUUGCUCAGCAAGCCAAUAACCGCAUUCGCACGCAAAUCGGCGUCUGGCAAUCAGUGGGCAUGUUUGCUGCUACGCCGGAGGAGGGAGCAGAGGAACUUGCCAAGCUGUCUCAGGGGCGGCAUGUCGUGAGAAGGGCCAUAAUACCAUCAAGGGUGUAG